GUUUUGAUGAGAUUUUCAUAGCCAGAUUUUGACGUGGAUCUCAGUAUAAUGUCAGUUUCGAUCACAGUCAAUUUCUAGCCUAGUUUUGUUUAAAAUGGAUACAUGUACGAAUACAGACCCUCCGAGCACUUUAAGCCAGGGCAGUUUGCUUGUCUCUGGAAACCAAUCUAUGACCGAAGCUGAAGUCCAAUCACUGUUUUUGUGCAAGGAGGAGGUUAUUCUACAAAUCGACCCUUUCGUUGUGUCUGCAACACUUCGUAGAAAAUACCCGCGACGAUUUGAAUCUGUUCACAAGAAAAUCAACACAUUAGCACUAACAACUGACAGAAGAUACGUCUCCGAAGUUUUGAUCAGCCACCUGCCACAAAACAUUUGCUUACAGAACUUCGUAUUUGUUCUUGAAGAAUGUGAUUAUAAAAGAUUAGCAGCAAAACUGUACCUUUCCCUUUUCAAAUUGGACGCGGCUACAAGUGUUAAUCAUGUACAUAAAACGACAUCAGGUCAAAGGCCAUUGUAAUUUCUCGGUUUUGCGAGCUACACAUAGGAGAUGGAUGAUAAAGAAUGGAGCCGGAAUUAAAAUUGAUAUAAACAUCGUAAAAAACAAGAAUCUCAAUCUCAGGCGAACAAUGCAUGCGUUUGUAUGAAACAUAGUAUCAUAAAACAAUACAACUUCAUUGAUAUUGAUAGUGUAUAUGUUAAAUGAAUAAUUCAUGAACUAUUCUCUUCCUUGUUUAAUGGAUACCAUUUUAUUAAUUUUGGACGAUUUUCCCUCUCUGUGCAGAGUUUGUGUUUGCAGGUAGGAUAAACUCAUAAGGAACUUUAAUAAGACAAAUGAACUGCGUAAUAAAAACCAAGUUAAUCGAGUUCGACAUGGAGUUCUGUCAGUUUCACAGUAAAUAUUAAGAAUAGUUAUGUUUAAAAAUGGAUCAACUUUCAAAUACAGGUACUGUUUUUUUAAACAAAGAGUCGAACCCUUCAUUACAGUUUAUUGACAUAGUUGAUAAACUUAUAUCUAUUUCAACUGCUUGUUAUCUUGUUUAUAUUGGCUUAGUGAUAUAUCAAGAAUAUCUGAGAAUAUACAUAAUAUAACUUAACAAGUAGGGUUAAUUGGAAUCUGGAAUGUUUAAAAGUAUUAAUAAUUAUCAGUUCGAAUAAAUAGGAAACUACUUUCUCUUGAACCGGCAUUCAGCUUUUGGAAACCGAUACGUUCAAAUCGAUUUAAUUCUUUGUUCAUUUCGAGGUCAUACCAGGUAGUUAAGCAGAAGAUAGCGUUGACUGAAAAAACUGACUAAACUCCUCGUGCACAUUGUAAAUCGUACUAAAAAUAUGCUUAGUGCAUUUACUGGAAAUAAUAAAUAUGCAAAUUUUGAAGUACAACGCAAAGUACGCAAUUUAAAUUGGGAAUAUGUAGAAAUAAUAAAUAAAUUCAGGUACCUGUUUUAAAUUGUUUUGUACUUUUCAAGACAUCAAUGUUUUUCUAUAAGAGGGAUUUAUUUCCGCUUUUUUAAUAGUGAACGCAAAUAUUGCUCAUGUUUAAGCGUUAAACAUUCGGAACUCCUCGGCCAUUUUUUUUUCAAAAACAACCUCGGAUGUAUGCAGGUACAUCAGUUGAAGUAGUUUGUAAAUUUUUGAAUUAUAUCAUUAAUUAAAUGUAGUGUUUUAGAGUUGUAUUUAUUGAUCUAAGUUUAAAUUGAUUGCCAUUGAAUUGUAUUAUUGCAAACAUAUUUAAGAUUCCCAAGAGUAAUGUCACAAAGUUUAACUGCUAAAUAAAAUUACUACGCGAUCUACUUGCAGCGGACUUAAACGUACCACUUUUUGAGUAUGUAAACUGUCCAAAUACAUCCGAGGUUGUUUUCGAUAAAAUGGCCGAGGAGCUCCGAAUGAGCGUUAAACUGUUUUUUAAAACAUAGGAGUCCGUUUACAUAUUGUUAUAUGUUAGUGACAUUGUUUGUUGAUGAGAUAAUAUAAAAUUAUCACUACUGCGUAAUAAUAUCAGUUUCGUUUUUGAUGGGAAUUUCAAAACAAGUGCUAUGAACAAAUUUGACAUGAAUCUCCGACAAUAAAUUAUUAGAAUAUCUAUGUUAAAAUGGAUAGAUUUACGAAUACAGACCUUCCAAUAGCUACAGGCCAGGGCAGAAUAUUUGUCUCUCAAAAACAGUAUAUGACGAAUGCUGAAUUUCAAGCAUUGUGUUCGUGCAAAGAGGAGAUUAUUCUACAAAUCGACCCUUUAGUUGUGUCGUCAACACUUCGUAGAAAAUACCCUCGAUUUGAAAAUGUUUACCAGAUAAUCCAUUAUUUGGAACCAAGUGACAGAGAAAUCGCCUCAAAAAUGUUGAUUCGCGACCUGCCACAGAAGAUUUGUUUUUUUGACUUUGUUGAUGUUCUUGAAGAAUGUGGCUAUAAAAUAUUAGCAGAAAAGUUGUACCUUUCCCUUUUCAAACAAAAUACCGAUGUAAGCGUGAAACAUAUACAUACAUUGACAUCAAGUCAAAGGCCAGUUAUAAACGAAAUGAUUGAUUAUUGGAAAAUGAUGGUGGAUGAUGCACAGUUCACAAAUCCUCGGCUUAAAUUAAGCGAAUUAAGAGACAAGUUUAUCCUACAAAUGAACAAUGAAAGAAAUGUUGAUCAGAGACAAUUUCUUGCUGACAAAUGUGUAGCCAUUAUUGUCGCAGAAAUCGAUGCAUUUGCUAUUACAUUUGACAAAGGUCUAUACAAAGGGCAUCUUUUUACCAUAAUGAAUGGUCUCAUUAGCAAGACAAGUAAUUCUGUGCUAACAUAUGUUUUUUACUUUGGCCGGUUAGCAAACGCAUAUGCUAUUGCAGGACGCUUGGAUGAAAGCGAAAAAAUGCUCGAAGCUGCUCGUUGUAAGGCCGUACACAUUUGCUGUGAACUUUCGUUUAUGUUUUAUAUCGAAGUGCAAGUAAAGCUACAUAGCUUUGAAAGGACGCCAACAGUUGAUGAAAGGCGGGAUCUGCUUAUAUGGGGUAGAAUGGGUAUUGAAUGUGCUGAACAGUAUGGUAAAAAGACGUGGAGAAGAUCCUUUGUAUUAAGAAUGGUAUUCUGCUUGCUUGGUCUCGGGAACCGUGCAAACGUUAUUGAAAAUUGCCCUGUUGACAAAGCAUGUAUAACUGAAGCAAAGGAACUUCUUGCCGAUAUAGAUAGAAACUGGACUGGCAUAGAAACAAGAAGAAAAAUGUUUUACUAUCUUGCUAGAGGUAGAAUAGCGGAGUUGACAAAAGAGUACCAAGACUCUCUGUACAAUUUACAAUUAUCUAUGAACCUUGCUAAUGAAGGCCAUUUUUUCGAAUUUGGAUCCAUUUCAGCUUACUUUUAUAAGAUGAAAUAUCUGACGAAUCAGACACUUAAACACACAGACAACACAUCAUGGAGAGAAACGGAGACAGAAGUGCUUGAUGACAUGAUAUUUGAUGAAACAAGAAACAAUUUUUUAAUUAAAUUCUCGUCAUUUGACCAAAGUCUCAACACUAUCAGCAUCCGUACAUUUGUUGAAGACGAAACCAUUCCGAAAGUCAGGCUUAACUCUCCAGUAACAUGGAAUUCGACAUCAAAUCUGUCUGUUCGAUUGCCAUUAAGUGGCCGCACAUCAUUCGGCAAUAGCGAUGCAGAUUCUUUCACGAAACCUAAAUGCUUGAUUUGCUCUGAACAUCCGUACCAUACCCAAGAACACUUACAUCAAGAAGAUCCAGAUAUCAUAGAAAUGUAUGGCACAUUCGAUUCUUCAGAAUUAUUCAUGUCAGAAACUGAAACGGAAACCCGAAUUCCACCUGCCGGUCGUGACAGUGCUGGCAAUACACCAUGUCAAACAAGAGAAAGGUCUUCAGAUUCCCAAGAAGAUGAUGAAAAAGAGCGAAACACGGGAAUGGAACAUUUAAUUGUGUCAGAAAAUCUGUCUUCUCUGGAUAGCAACGAUAUGUUUGGUGAUUGACAUGGUACCUGCACUUUGCCUGAUAGAGUAUGUUUACCAGUAUUCCACUUUAAAAUAGACAAACAGUUUUGUAGAAAGUGAACGAGCUUCAGCCAGGACAUACCAAGUACUUAAAUGCAAGGUUUGAAUCCGUGGUAUUUGGAUUCAUGUUCUGCUUGUUAAUGUUGGCUUGGUGAUAUAUCAGGCUUGGUGAUAUAUCAAUCAAGCUACAGCUAGUCUCAUAUCUUCAUAGCUUUCCUUAAUGUUGUUAAUUGAAAAUACAAUUGUGUUGUUGCUGUUGUUUGUUUCUCAAUAAAAGA